GUCAUGAAAUCCGUGUCGUAGUCUUCGUCUAUAGCGAGAGAGAGAGAGAGAGAGAGUGCCGUCCCUGUGUCUUCGGUGUUUCCGCCAUUUUCAGACAACGAAGUUUUUGUACACUUCCACCAAAUGCGGAGGAGAUAACUCUAGUUUCUGAUUUCCGCCGCCGGCGCCGGCCGCCAUUUGGUCCAAAUAUGACCUCUCCAUGAUUAUAAGUUUUAAAAAAGGGUUCUAAAAGGGUAAUUGUAAGUGUUUUUUGUAAUGUUUUAUUUGUAUAUAUAUUUGUUUUUGUUUUGAGUUUAGAUUGCGAUUCAUGGCUUUGUGAUUGUGGGUUUUUGAACUGGUUUUGUUUAGGGUUUUUCCAAAGACAUUGUUGAAUUAGAAUUAUAUAAAAGUUUUGUUCUAUAUUGGUUUGAAGCAAAUGGGUGAUACAGAAGAAGCUCGUAUUGAUAUGAUGCAUAGAUUACAAUCUUCUUUCAGUACUUCAUCUUCUUCAAUCCCAAAACAAACCAUUUCUGUUAAUCAUCUUGAUAUACCUCAAUUCAAUACCUCACAAAUUCGUGCUCCGAUGAGACAAUUUUCGCCCAAUUUUAAUGUUGAGACUAGUAAGAGAGUCGGUAUACCGCCUUCCCAUCCUCAAAUCCCUCCGAUUUCGCCUUAUUCCCAGAUCCCGGUAACCCGGCCGGGAAAUCAACAACUGGGUUCUCAAAAUUUUAGCCCCGGACCGACCCAUUCGCGAUCUUUAUCGCAGCCUGCAUUUUUUUCGCUUGAUUCAUUGCCUCCGUUGAGCCCAUCACCGUAUCGAGACUCGUCAUCAGCACCAAAUGAUGUGUCGAUGGAUGAUAGAGAUGCCAAUACACAUUCUUUAUUGCCACCAUCACCUUUCACAAGGGGUGGUGGUACUUCGAGGGUUGGGGAGAGUCUUCCUCCUCGUAAGGCACAUCGGCGAUCCAAUAGCGAUAUUCCAUUUGGGUUUUCUAGUUUGAUGCAAUCUCCGCCACCACUCAUCCCGGUUAGGGGUCCUGGUGGUUUUGACCAGUCUGCAUCUGCUAGAGACAAUUCUGGUCCCAAACCAAUCCAAUUAGUCAAACGCGAGACAAGUUGGGAUAAAGGUGGCGGAGAGAAUAAUGCAGAAGGAAUGGGUGAGAGGAAACCAGAAGGAGAAGUUGUGGAUGACCUAUUUUCUGCUUAUAUGAAUUUGGACAACAUCGACACAUUGAACUCUUCUGGAACUGAUGACAAGCAGUCUAAUGAGAAUCGCGAGGAUUUGGAUAGUAGAGCCAGUGGUACAAAGGGCAAUGACAGCAGCGAUAAUGAAGCAACAAGUAGUGUAAAUGAAAGUGGCAAUGUUUCGCAAAGGCCCGGUAUCGGUUCUUCAGCUGAGAAGAGGGAAGGGAACAAGAGGAAUGCAGUGGGAGAUAUUUCUCUGACUACCAGACACUAUAGAAGUGUUUCCAUGGAUAGUUUCAUGGGGAAGAUGAAUUUCGGUGAUGAGUCCCCGAAACUGCCACCAUCCCCUGGGAUACGCCCAGGACAAUUGUCGCCCAGCAAUUCGAUAGACGGGAAUUCAAAUACCUUUAGCUUGGAAUUUGGAAAUGGUGAGUUUAGUGGGGCUGAACUCAAGAAAAUUAUGGCCAAUGAGAAACUUGCUGAGAUAGCAUUAGCUGAUCCCAAGCGGGCCAAAAGAAUUCUGGCAAAUCGUCAAUCGGCUGCUCGUUCCAAAGAAAGAAAGUUACGGUAUAUUGCAGAGCUGGAGCACAAGGUUCAAACUUUACAGACAGAAGCAACUACAUUGUCUGCCCAGCUUACGCUAUUGCAGAGAGAUUCUGCUGGGCUCACAACCCAGAACAAUGAGUUGAAGUUUCGCCUGCAAGCCAUGGAACAACAGGCACAGCUUCGAGAUGCUCUUAAUGAAGCUUUAAGCGCAGAAGUUCAAAGGUUGAAGCUUGCUACUGCAGAGCUGAAUGGGGAUACCUCCAAGUUCCAGCAGCUCUCCAUCAACCCCCAGAUGUUCCAGCUCCACCAGCAGCAGCCACAACAGCAACAGCAGAAUGCUGGCACAACCACAAAGCAAGACUCAAAGCAGUAGGCUGUGAAGAACAAGACGUUGCGGAAGGCUUGGACGCUUCUCAAUUUAUUUUUUUCAUCUAUGGUUCUUGUUAUCUAGCAGUAGUUAGUUACAUCCAAUGCAUUUAUUCAUUUGUUUUGCAUCUCCAACAAAACACAGCAAGGUGUGGUAAUUACAGAUGAAACCCAUGUUGCAUAUCCAUCCUCCAACUGUUCAUUUAGGUCAUAGACAAGCCUUAAGAAUUAAGAUUUAUAGCCUUUAUAUGUUGGAUUGAAGUUCAUUUUGACAUAUUUUUGUUGCAACAGUUUGGAGAGUUAAACUUCAACUAUUCACUUUGUUUCUUUGAGUAAAGGUGAUCAUUUUGUUGUUGUCUGGUA